AUGGCAAAGACAAGGAGAAAUCACACGGGAGACCACCGAUCCGAAGAUGAACACCAAUCCGAAGCAGAUACCGCCAAGACGAUUGACGAGACUAACAUGGCCGAGAUGGUGCGACAACUAAAGGAGGAAAUGGCCGCCAUGAAACAACAACGAGAGAAAGACGCUCGUGAGAUGGCCGCCUUGAGGGAAGAGAAUGCUGCCCUGAAAAACCAAAAAAAAGAUCCCACUUGGAAACCUUCCAACCCGACUCAUACCCAUGGUUCGUUCCACUCGCUCGGACAUACAUCUCUUCCCCACACUUCCACUGUCGCCCCGAGAAACCACGCUUCGGCUUCCCAAGUCACUGGCCGACCCGCAUACGCUCCACCUACCGGAGCACACCGACACCCUUUCACCCCCAACAUAAUGCAAUCCUCCCUUCUAGACCAUUGGAAGUCCCUUCCGAUAGAUAAGUAUGAUGAGACCACUCACCCCGACGAACACGUCGAUAUUUUCCUCACCCAAGUCACACUCAGCACCACCGACGAUGCCGCCCUAUGUCGUAUCUUCCCAACAUCUCAGAAAGGAAGAGCAUUGAGUUGGUUCACUCGUCUCCCGGCCAACUCAAUAGACUCUUUUAACACCCUCGCAUCCCAGUUCACCAUCCAGUUUUCCACCAGCCGACCCCACCAUUUGACCUCCCUCGCGCUGGUAAGCAUAAGACAAGAAAAGAAGGAAUCCCUUCGGGCUUUCAUGAGUCGAUUCAACAAAGCAGCUCUCGAGAUUCGAGACCUCAAUCCGGCCGUCGCCCUCCAACAUUUGACUACAGCCUUGAAGUCGGGACCGUUUGCUAACAGUAUCUGCAAGAAACCCCCGUCUGACAUGGAUGACUUGCGGCGCCGCGCCGAUAAAUAUAUGCAGAUGGAAGAACUCGCGGAAUUCCGCAAUCAGGCCAGGGCGGAAGUAUCGGCCAAGGUCGAGAAGCCGGCCAAAAGCUCCUACCGUAGCCGUCCCAAGGACCUCGUCUCGAGAGAUAAGCCUAUUCGAGGACCAAGGUACUCCCACUACACUCCUCUAAACACCACUCGAUCAGUUGUACUAGACCAAGCACUCGUGUCAGAGGUCCUGGCAGUGCCGAAACGCGCUUCAACUCCCCCACGCGCGGACACUAGCAAGUCUUGCAAAUACCAUCGUAACCGGGGCCACUCAACUGAAGACUGCGCGGCUCUGAGGGACAAGAUCGAGGACUUAAUCAAACAAGGACAUCUUUAG